CAUGGCAGUGGCUGUGGUCAUUGUUGCCUGCGCUAACUUGGAAUGGUUUUAAAUCCCACGCAGCCUCGCUUAACCCACCGCAAGUCAUUCAUCAGCAAGCUCUACCGUGGAUCGAUGUUGCUCUAACCCCAGAGGUCGACCUGUCGCACAUACAGGCCUAAAGAUGCAGUGGACCCCAGAGCACGCGCAGUGGGCGGAGCAGCACUUUGACAUCACCUCCACCACGCGCUCGCCGGCCCACAAGGCCGAGGCUUACCGGGGCCACCUGCAGCGCGGCGGCAGCACCUACCAGUACGCCUGGGCCAACGACGACAUCUCUGCGCUCACCGCCUCCAACCUGCUCAAGAAGUACGCUGAGAAGUACUCUGGCAUCCUGGAGAUGCCCAGUGAGAGGGCCCUGCUGAACUCCUACGCCGAGGCCGGGAUGAACGGCAGGAAGGGGGAGGGCGAGGCCUGGCAGGAGGGGGUAUACUGCGUCCCCGAGGGGAUGUCCAUGAGGAAAGGAGGGGUGGCGGCGGAGGUGGCUGGUAUGUGCAGCUCGCCAUCCCCGGGCCUGGCCUCCAGCGGCCUGACAGAGCCUGGUUACUCCAGCAGCAGCUGUGGUAGUCACAUCGUCACGGCCCUCCACUCUUCUGCAGGCUCCUCUCAGGAAUACGGCCCCAGCUACAGUGGCUCCUACCUGGGCUACAGCUCCCAGGUCACCACCUCCCCGCUGCACAGCUCCGGCCUCUUGCAGCCCCCUCCUCCACCCCCCCACACCUCCCUGGUCCCGCCCUACAAUGGGGGAUCCUCCAACCUCUCGGGCUACAAUUACCCCCAUGCCGGGUACCCCUCCCAGAGCGCUGUGGGGCCAGGCUACAGCCCCGGGGGAGCCCCCCCUCCAUCCUCCUACCUACCGUCAGGGAUCGCCGCUCCCCCCCCCCUGCCCCCCUCCUCUACGCUCCCCGGGUACCCCUACCAGUCGCACAACCUUGGCCCCAUCGCGCCCACGCCUCUGAACGGCAGCUCGUCCAACUCUCUGAAGAGAAAAGCCUUCUACAUGACAGGGCAAGGAGAGAUGGACUCCACUUAUGGAAAUUUUGUCUACGGCCAGGCGCGCAGCUCCGCAGAGAGCCCCAUGUACAGGGUACCGGACAGCAGCAUCUCAAAUGCGGGCGGAGGGAACAGUUUUGACAGGAACGCUGACAAGUCAUCUUUGCCGUUUCAUACCCAAAAGCAGCCCAUGGCCUCUGAGCAGUCUGCGGGUGGAGCACUCACCCCUCCGUCCUAUGCCUCCACUCGGGGUGGCUCGCGCUCAGCCGACUCCCUGGGCAGCUUCACCUCUCCCUCACUGAGCGACCAAGGGGACGAGCACCGCCUGCACCUCUCCCACCUCUCCCUGACGGGGGCGACCUCAUCCUCCCGGCCCGCUGAGGAGCAGCUGAAGAGCAGCGACCCCCACCUCCUGGACAUGGUGACCUCUGAGAUCCUGCAGCAGGGACCCCCAGUGGACUGGAGUGACAUUGCAGGCCUGGAGCUGGCCAAGGCCACUCUGAAGGAGGAGGUUCUCUGGCCCAUGCUACGUCCGGACAUGUUUAGCGGCCUAGGUUCGGCCCCGAGGUGCAUUCUACUGUUUGGCCCCAGAGGGACGGGCCGGACGUUGCUGGGCCGCUGCAUGGCAAGCCAGCUGGGGGCACCCUUCCUGCAGCUCAAAGGCUCCACCUUGGCCACCAAGUGGCUGGCAGAGGGUGACAAGAUCCUGCGGGCCUCCUUCUUGGUGGCGCGCUGCCGCCAGCCCUCAGUGCUGUUCAUCAGCGACGUGGACAUGCUGCUGUCAGCCCAGCUCAGCAACGAGAGCCCCGUUCACCGGCUUAAGGCCGAGCUCCUGGCCCAGCUUGAUGCGCUGCUCCUGGGGCCGGCCGAUGACUCCAACAACCACGUCCUGGUGGUCUGCUCCACCAGCAAGCCCCAGGACAUGGACGAGGGGCUGCGACGGUACUUUGGCCGGCGGGUCCUGGUGCCGCUGCCAGAUGGUUCGUCCCGCCACCGAAUGCUGAGCCAGCUGCUGUCCCAGUCCCAGCGCAAGUACUGCCUCAGUGAGGAGGAGCUGGUGCUGCUGGUCCAGCGCACCGAGGGCUUCUCCGGCCUGGACGUGGCAAGGCUGUGCCAGGAGGCCCUGGUGGGCAUGCUGCACACCUCUUCCCAAGGCCUGGACCUCUCGGUGAGCAUCAUGCCCACGGGCCAGAUGCGACCCCUCACCUACCAGGACUUUGACAGUGUUUUUUGCAAAUUCCAGCCCAGUAUAUCGCAGAAAGAGAUCGACACGUACACCGAGUGGAACAAAAUGUUUGGGUGCGGUCAGUGAACCUCGAGGGGGAAAGUCCUCAAGAAAGAGGCGUUGGGAAUUCUUUGACCUGGCUGUGGUGCUAACCAGAGAGGAAGGCACACAAGAGGGGCGACGUAACCCCCCACGUGUGAGACCUGACACCAGAGGUGGAGAAACAUCAAGAGACUUGGUUGGAGAGAUACCUGAUGGUUUUGCAGGUAACGAGCAGAGAUUUCAUUAGGAUGCUUGACGCUGCUAAAGUCAGGCAUAGUUAUACACAUUAAGAAGGGGUCAACUUGAGAAGAGACAGAGGAGGACCCUGUGUGUAUAUAUACAUUUGUUGUUGUCCCCUAAAAUGUAAUUGGCUAACCAAGUGCCUGUAGUGGUGCUUUCUUAAUUCUAAUUUAUUUUUUUAUGUAUUAUGAUUUUGUUUGCCUCACAAUCUACAUUAAUGGCAUGUGCUGAUAUUAUGAGCUUUAAACUUCAACAGCAAAAUUAAAAUUAGAGUGGCAGUUGCCAUUUUCUCCUGCCAUUUCACCAAGUAUCAACAGUAUUCCUCAGGGGGUGACAGUAAUCUGGACCCCCGAUCCAUGCACUUCAUCUCUUUUGGUCCUCUGUCUGCAAAAAAACUCAGGAAAGUGUUUGUGAAUUGUACAGUACCUCAACGUCAUCACCACACAAAAGCACUACAAUCCUCUGAGAGUAUUAAGACCAAGAUUUUAGUCAUUUAUAUAAUAUCUAGAGAACCAGUGUUAGGUUUACCUCGAACCUUCUAGGGGAGACGGUCGAGGAGAUGAAAAUGAAUGUAACCAGAUUUAGUUCUGGAACGACGGGACAAAUAAGUCAAUAUGGAGAUUCCUCUUUUUCUUAUCCGAAGGUGCUUAAAUGAAGAUUUUGGUGAUGAGUUCAGUUUCCAUUUGAAGGUUUUUAGAAAAUGCGAUGCCCAAGUGUGUUUUUUCUGAUCCUGAGUUGUGUAUUGAUUGACUCAAGAGAGUUGUUCCCUGAUGUUUUAAGGGGGCACUGAUGACCACGUAUAGUGGCUCAUAUGAAUGUUAGGGGGAUGUUGUCAACAACGAACAACUCUUUAGAUGGAACGAUGGACUUCAGUUGCUAUUGUGUUAUCACAGGAAGCCAUAGAAUUACUGUAAUUGACGAUGAAGCAGAAACGCCACCAAAUGAAAAAAAGCGAACGGUGCCGUGACACAGUGUGUGAUUCCGUAUUUCCCAGAAUAAAUGCAACAUCAGGAUCACACAUACUUUCUGUUCUACCUCAGUUGGUUUCAACUCAUCUAGGAGGCAGCAGAGCAGUCGGGGACAUCCUCAGAUCCAAAAUGGCCAAUUGCUAAUUACUGCUAUAUGUCAGCCAGUUGAGUCAGUUUGAUUGAGAAAAGGCUGCCAGCUUUAUUCAUCACCAAGGUCAAAGGUUCAGCACCAGGGCUCAAUUCCAAACCUGUUUUCAGUUCCUUACCAGAGGUCCUCAUUGGCUUAUCCAGGUACAGAUCUGACAUGAUUAGAUUGUUCACAACACUAUGGCUAUAACGAUUGAUCUCUGGAAUGCUCUGGAGAUUUUCGGUCAUAUUGCUAACACCUAUCCAGUUGUGUCAUAUCUGCAAGGCGACUCAACAAGGGCUUGCGGGUAGGAGCUAGGUAUUGUUUAAGGUAUUUGGCCAAUUGCAUCCUCAUUGUAUAGUAUGUACACACAUUACCCCAAGCACAUGGUCAGGGUGGAUAUACCACUAAUUGGACACUCAUCCUGGCUCUUAAAGGCCAAGUACAGUCCAAAAAAUGAUUGUCCUGUGUUUUAUAUAUAUUUUCACACUAUGAGGUUGGAAUAAUACUGGGAAAUUGUGAAAAUUAUGAUAAUGUCAUUUUAGUGUACGAGCUAUUUGAAAAGACUGCCUGAAAUUUCUGCCUGUUUUGGUGGGAUGGAGUUUUGGCCAUUCAUGGUGAUAUCACCAUGCGGUAAAAUAGUUAAUAGACCAAUAAGAAAGAGAGUUCCAAACCUCUCUGCCAAUAACAGCACACCACUCAGACCACUCCCAGAACGUCCUAGCAAAAUUCUUGCUUUAGAAUUUGCCCAUUGCUGAGAAGCUAUAUUUGUUUAUUUUUUUUAACCAUUUUAUUUGAAAUCAAUCACAGUGAGGUACUUCAAUGUUUCCCAGUAACGAUUUGAUGUUGAGAUAAAAACAGCUGCAUUGGACCUUUUUAAGAAACGUUCAGUCAACCUACUGUGGUCAGUUCCAAAAGACCCACAGAACAGUGAUUCAUAAGCUCAUUGUGUUGCAUUUGAAUGUAUUUUGUUGCUCUUCUUUUGUUCUCUGUACGUGACUGUUGCUAUGCACAACCAUGGUGGUGUUGAUGUACCGUAGGUGUAUUAUUAUUGUACAACAGCUGCACUAUAGCAUUCCUUUGUGUGUAUUUUUGUUUUGGUGUUCAUAAUCACUGGUUUGCAAUCCCCGAGCACUGAGAUUGCCAGCACCAUGUUGCUUGCCUUUACGUUUUUGUUUGUUUUGUCAGCUUGUGACUAGUGUAACGUUUAUCUCUUCCUGUGAUUGGUAUUAUUUCCAAUUCUAGUUUGCAUACCUUUUCCAUUUUAGCACUCAAUGGAAUUUAGAUGGAACUUGCUGUGACUGCACAUUGCACUAGUCUACCACGAUGUCUCGGCUAUUUAAGAUUUAACACUUCUCCAAUUUCUCUCAAUUGGGUAGAUAAGAGGGUAGAUCCACAGAAGUAACAUGACUGUAAUAUAACCGCUUACAUGGCCUUUGAAAGUUUGACUCAAAUUAUACUUCACUCAUAUAAAAUAUUGGUAGGCGGGUGAAAUGUACAAUGUUUUAUUGAUAUACUACACACAAACAAACCUUAAAACACAAAACAUCCACGUCAACCUCUCAGAUUUAGUUUACCUCUGGAGUUACUUAAGAAUUACCUGAAUGCACUUUCACAUAACUUUAAUUCAUCGGAAUGUUCAAAUGUUUCACAAACAUGAUACAGUGUCAACAGACUGAUUCUCACAGCCUGAUUGUACUUUAUGUGUAAAAGCUCAUUACUAGAAGGCUUGUUCUGGAAAUAGAAAAUGGAGUCUCGCUCCCUACUCCUUGACCCACAGCCCAGGCGUGUGAAUCUCACUUCUCCACUCACUCUCACUGAGGAGAGGAAAGGACACGCUGAGGUGUGUUUGUGUGUGUGUGUGUGUGUGUGUGACAAUGCGUCAACAGCACAUGGAAACUGCAGUGCAGUCUGUCAACAGACUGACCACAAUGCGGUCUAUCCCAUAAUUCAGUCUGCCCUCUCUAAACUGAAACCUACUGAUGUACUUGAGAGCACAAAAGCCCAUUCCUUCACAUAUACAGUACUUUCGAAACAACCAAAUCACUUGAAUUGUACUAUCCAACCAAUCAUCUUGUCUUUGUUUUGUUGCUAUGUACUUUUCUCUUGGCUUCCUUUUUUACUUUGUUUACCAGAACUGGCAAACAAUGUUAUUGGUGGUUUCUGUGUUUGUUUAUUUUCCCCGCUUUCUAUUCAAUCAUUUUUAUUAUAGUGUUCUUUGAGACAUUUCUACCUCAUGGCUACAUAUUAUACAUGUAGUAUUUCAUUUGUGUCUUUUGAAUGUCCUACAUUUGUUGACAAAUCGAACAAAAGAAAAACAAAAAAAGGAAGUGGGUGGGAGCAGGAAAUCACAGAUCCUUGAGCUGGAGUCUACCUCAGAGGCACUGAGCAGAGGAGAUGGUGGUAGAGUCUAACGUGUGUCUGACAGCUGGAUGCACACUCACUCAAGACACCGAGCGACAGACAGACACACAACACCCGCGAACAUUUCUGGUGGACGGGAGGAAACUGUUGGACUUUGCAGGUCCUCUCCGAGGUUUCUCUUGAUGCAUAAUCCAAUGCGUUGCUUUAAUCUUUGGUGAGCUGUAGUUGUGUGAUUGUGUAUAUUACGUGGGCACACAUGAAUAUGAUUUGGUUUGUGUGGGAUUUUAUAUAUAAUUAGUAUAUAUAAAACACACUUGCACAAAACUUUAACUGAGUGUAACGUGUUUCUGUUGUACAUAUUUAUAUACAUAAAUUCAUACAAAAUGCACCACAUACAUGUUUAUAUGUGUGAAUAUGUUGCCAUACUUGCAGUCGACUUAAAUGUAUUUUCAUGUAAUCUGUCUGAGGUACAAAAGACAACAACUGAUUCAUUAAAGAUGUUUUCUUGAAAUUA